GAGAUAUUCUUCUAAAACUCUGUGUUCUGCUCAAUAAAGCAUACAGUGCAAGGGAAUGGUCGAACACAUCUGGGAUGGCAUGAAGGUGAGUACACAAUGAGAGAAUUUUCAUUCCUUUAAGCACACAUCUCGUAAAAUUUAGUUUCUUUUUCCAUGGCACUGAAGAUUUAGUAGUGGUACAGCACCACGGCUGAGUUAUUAUAGUUAUGUACCAUGCUAUUUAUAUGGUACUCAAGUGUGCUUUAAAGAACGCAUUGACAUGCACACGUCCAAAAACAUGGUAGUACUUUAUUAUGGUACAUUUUGAGCAGUAUUGAAUAGGACCUUGAACCUGCUACUGUUCAGUUACCAGGCGGCAACAACAGACCACACCCCCUAUAGUAUAUAAAAGUACCAUGGUAGUGUCACUGUCUAACAUCAUCAAUGUACUAGUCUCACCACAAUACUCUUCUGUAAGAUGCUUAAACUUAAAUUACUCCUGGAGGAACCCUUAUGCAUGUUGUACUGUAUGUUCUUUUGUUGAGCAUACCUGAUUUAUCAUACUCUUGCUGGGACGGUUGAUGUGUCUUUAAGAGGGCUCCAUGUUCCACUUACUGUGUUGAAAUUAAUCCAUAGGGAAGCAACGAACUGUUUCUUAUGCGACAUAAUCAAGUCUUCCUCUAGGGGGCGCUUGGUGGCUCAUUAGACAAAUCCUCACCUGAGCUACAUUUGAAAUCUGGUUGUUUUGUGCCUUAUUGGAGACAUUUAUGUACUAAACAUUAUAGUCCUCAUGGACUAGUUACUGACAAAUUAAUUACUUUUAAAUAAAUUUUCAAAAGAACCUCAUGCAGAAUCUCAAACCGGUGUGAUUGGUCCAUGCUGAACAAAAGGAACAAAUAUCACGUGACAACGCCAUUUACGUAGUAUUUCUGUCGCGUUCUCGUUCUGAACAAUCUUUUACACUUUAACUUUGACCAUUUAAUUGAACAUACACAGUGAAGAUUUUAAUAUAAGAAAAUUAUUAUUUUGACACAUUGUAUAUGACCAGUGUUUGGUAAGUUACUCUUUAAAAAAAAAAAAAAGGAAAAAAAAGUAAUUAAUUACUAACUACUAAUUACAUCUUCUACAGUGUAAUUAGGUUACUGUACUAAUUACUCUGUCUGAAAAGUAAUUGCAUUACUUAUUACUAAUUACUUUCUAAAACUCUUAUCAACCUCAACCGGAUGAAAUUGUUCUUUUAAUUAUAUCAAAUAAAUUAUAUACAAUCAAAUAAAUGGCCAAAGAAUUUAAGGGGGCAGCGUUAAAUUAAAAAAACAUUAGACAUUAAAUUUAGAUUUUAAAUUCACUAUUGUUUUAUAUAGAAUUGUCCUAUAGUUUAUACGGUAUUUAACAUGAUUACAUCAGAAGUAACUGUAAUUAAAUUACUAAAAAAACAAGAGUAAUCCCUUACUUAUUUCAAUGGAAAAAGUAAUUUAAUUACAGUAAUCAAUUACUUAGUAAUGCAUUACUCCCAACACAGUAUAUGACCAAUCAGCGAUUGUCCAGGGCGCCAAGCUCCGCCCAUUUUGGGUUUGUACGUUCUAUUCUUCUUAUUCUGUUUCAAUGAAUCGAACUCGGUCCUGUUUCUAUUUUGAGUAAAAGGGGCAAAGACGAGAUCUAUGUGAGAGAAAGUCCAUAACCAAAGGAAAGUUCUUUGAUAGCGUCAAAGAAAACCGUGUGUGAGGUUUGGUCAGGAUGCGGCCGACUCUCUCUCUCUGUCCUGUCCUGAUCUCUCUGUUAUUCCUUCUGUCUGGACUGACCGUCAUCAACGGCUGUAACAAAGCCCUGUGUGCCAGUGACGUCAGCAAAUGUCUUCUGCAGGGGCUUUGUCAGUGUCGGCCAUCAGAGGGAAACUGUUCAUGUUGUAAAGAGUGUAUGUUGUGUUUGAGUUCUCUCUGGGAGGAGUGCUGCGACUGUGUAGGAAUGUGUAACCCAAGACAUUACAACGACAGUCCGGCCACCUCCAAGAGCACCGUCGAAGAGCUCUACCAACCAAUCCCGUCACUUUUCAGGGCACUGACUGAAGGUGACGCCCCCAUUAACAUGAUGGUUGUUUCAUUCCCCGUUGCUGAGGAACUGUCCCACCAUGAGAAUCUCGUGUCUUUCCUGGAGACACUGGACAGUCAGAGUCACAACAUCUCGCUGCCCAGUAACAGCUUCCAUGGUGAUGCCAUGUGUACGGUGGUGUACUUUGAUGACUGUGUGUCCAUUCGCCAGUGUAAGCAGUACUGUGAGUCAAUGGGAGGAUCAAAGUAUCGCUGGUUCCACAACGCCUGCUGUGAGUGUAUUGGACCCGAAUGUUUGGACUACGGCAGCAAAGCAGUGAAAUGCACGAACUGCCUCAUCUGAGACUUUUACACACUUUCGGAUAUAAAUCACUGCACUAUCAAAGAACUGAAUACAGACGUGGGACCAAACUCACGCUACACUUGUUUAUAUCGUGUAAAACACAUAUUUCUAAAGUUUUUCUAUUGGUCAUGUUCUUGUCUUUCUUUGGGGGGGGAAGAAAAUAAGCAUAGCUUUUGAGAUUUUUGUAACAUUAUCGGUAUUUUGUGUUAAUUAUUUCAGCAGCAUAUAUGGAUUGCAUCUCGUUUGGAGCAUUAUAAAAGCUAUUGAAAACCAAAGAAAAAUAGUCCUGAACAAAACUUUUAUGUUUUUUAAGUAUGAUUUUAUGAUUAAGCGUUCAUUGUUCAAUAUUUCAAUUGUGUCAUCUUGCAUUGUCACACAACAUACUAAAGAAAAAACUUCAUAAUUCACA